CUCUCAUAAUCAGUAGUAGUGCAAGAGCUCUGAGAAGAAGAAGAAGAACCGGUGGCAAUGUCGGACCCGAGGAACAACCUGUGGAAGCGGGAGGUGAGCGGCCUCGAGCCGUGGGAGGCGGCGUCCUCGUUCGACGCCGACGACGACAGGCAGAGGCCGAACGUCGAGCCGCGGGAGGCGUCGUCCUCUUUUGACGCCGCCGAUGAUCAGCGGAGGCCGGACGCUCCUCCCGUCCGGCAGUACUCCAUCUCAGCCUCCUCGCUCUCUCAGGACGCGCUGGCCUCCAAGGUCCGGCGGCUCAAGGACAAUGUGCAGCUUGCGAGGCAGGAUUGCUUGGAGUUGAGACGAGAGGCGAACGAGCUGCGGGAGCAUUCCGACGCAGAGCUCGACCGAGUCACGCGCUACCUGGGCGUUCUCGCCGACGAGACGUGGAAACAAGGCGAGGACGCGGCCCCUGUUGCUUGUCUCGACGUGUGUGUUUUUUUGCUUCCUCUUUCUGGUUUUUGACUGGUUCUCUGUUUGCAUAAGAUCGAGCUGCCGUUGAAGGUGAGGCUAGGAUAGCAACACUUGUUAGCGAGAAGGAGAAGUUGUUCUUCCGCUUGUGGACAUCAGAAGGUCAGUUUUCCCCUUUCUAAAUCGAGUUCUUCCACUCUCCGUGCGAAGGAUGCGAGCGGGAGUACUUGGAUACACGAGCCGAGAUUUCAGAAAGCUUCUAGUGUUAAUCGCAAUAAAUUUCCGCGAUGAUGUCCCUGUCGGAUGGACGAAUAAGAGAUAGCUUACUUGCAGGACGAUUUUGCAGUGAGGAGGAGGACUAAACUUUAGUUUAAAAUGUGAGAUCAAGCUAGAAUACAACCGAUAGAGUUUUAGUGAUGAAGAGCAGAUCGACUCGAGAUUGCACUGUCAGCUAUGGGUUCGCGAUGCAUUUUGAUUGAUCAGUUGCGAGUCUGAAAAUUGAGGUGCCUGUUAGUUCAGGACUGAUUAUAUAUACCUCAGACAUUCAUUAAUCUGUAAAUGGAUGCUAGAAAUCAAGCACGAAAAUGAUUUUUUUUACUUUGUGUAUUUUUCUUCCUCCUCCAGAGGAUCAGUUCCGGUACUUUGGUCAGUGGUCACGAAGAAAUUGAAUCUCUUGGAUUAAAGUAA